AUGAAUGACUAUGUCGUAGUAGAAAAAUGGUUUUGCAGAUUUUACUAUGAUGACCAGACUUUUAAUUGUUUCAUUUAUUUAUUUCUCAUCUGCUCUUUCUGUCUGUCUCUUCUGGUCAUGAUUAGUGAAUACCAAUCGUCAGUGAUCACUGAAGAGAUAAUUGAAAAGUUUCAAAAGGCACACUUGGAGGAUGUCGAGCGUAUCCUGGUGGACAGCGUCACCAACCUAAAGAGGUUUGUCAACUUGCCUAUCGACAAGAUCAAGGCUGUGCAUGAAGAGUUGGCAAGAACCUAUGCAUUCUCACCUGUUUGUGCAUUGGAUAUGUAUCAAGAUAAAUUACAACAGUCUCAACAACUUUGUAACAACAACAACAAUGUACUUGAAACCAAGUCUAUAUUGGAUAGACUGUUAGAGGAUGGUGGAUUGGUUCGUGGAGAGAUAAUAGAGAUUGUUGGAGACACUGGUUCUGGAAAGACACAAAUAGCAAUGCAUACAACACUAUCUAUUGUUGAACCUGUAGAUGGAAGAGCCUAUGGUGAUAGUGGUAGUGGUGGUGAUGAUGAUGAUGGUGAUGUGUCAGUAGGUGAUCUUCAUCCUACUACUACUACUACUACUGCUACUAAAAUCACACCAAUAAACACGGCUAUCUAUAUUGAUGCAUCUAAUGCAUUCUCGGUAGAUAGAAUAGUAGAGAUGCACAAUCAUAGAUUAAUCAACAAGGGUAUUGGAACUGACCCAUUGCAAACUGUCAAUCACAUGCUCGACAAGAUCAAGACAUUUAGUUGUUUUGAACCAAUGCAAUUGUUUCAAACGUUGGAACAUGUAAUGACAUCACUUCAGUCGACUGAUGCACCUGAAGAGUUUUUUGGCUUCUUGGAGAAUGGUAAUGCACAAGGCAACAAUAACAAUCGAUUCGAUCCAGGUGCAUUCUAUCGUAACCUCAAGCUAAUUGUUAUUGAUUCGAUAGGUACCAUAUUCUCUGGUACUCUUGGUAUCAAACAAAUACAUGGACACUAUAUAAUGAUAAUGGUAUCUAGAUUACUCAAAAUCAUUGCCUAUGAACAUAAUAUCGCUGUUUUAAUCAUAAAUAAUACAGUAUCACAAGAUAAUUAUCAAUUUAAUAAUAAUAAUGACAAAUUUACUCCUGUAACAUCAAAUCAACAAGAUGAAGAUGAUGAAGGAAAUACUACCAAUAAUAAUAAUAAUAAUAAUAAUAAUAAUAAUAAUAAUAAUAUUAGUACUGGAUUAUUGGAUAGUCAAAAACCUGCAUUGGGAGAAUCAUGGGCAUCCAUUCCAAAUCAUCAACUAAUGAUCUCUUAUCAAGUCGAUUCAGAUGAUACUGAAACACGAUCCAUAUUCAUAUCUAGGUCCACUAGAUACCAACUUUUAAAACAAUCUGAUUUCCAGAUUGAACCACAUGGCAUUGUUUAA